UUGCAGCAUGUGUGAAAUUAGAAUUCAAAAUCAAAAUAAAAAAUAGUACUGUAUUCCAGAAAGCCAAUUAGGGCUCUGAAAUGCACCAUACCUUAUUUAGUGCUCUGUUAUUCGGCGGCGAUAUUGAGUGGGAAAAGGAGCGAUAAUUGCACCAUCAUUAUUUUCACAAUCUUCCAAAUUCAAUAAGGUUUCUGAAUUGUGAUGGCUUCGAUUGAAACCGUCAAGUGUUACUGUUGCGGCUUAACGGAGGAGUGUACAAAGCCGUACAUUGAUCGUGUUAGUGAGUGUUACCAUGGCCGUUGGAUUUGCGGUUUAUGCGUAGAGGCUGUGAAAGAAGAAACGAUGAAAUCGCAGAAAGAUAUUAGCACUGAUGAAGCGGUUAAGCGGCACAUGAAUUUCAGAGCUUUAACUUCGAGUCCUCCUGAAAAAUCUGAUAUCGAUUUGAUUCUUGCUGUGAAACAUCUUAUCUUUAGGUCGUUGGAUUCGCCGAGGAAAGAAGGUUUGAGUUUUGGUAGAUCGCGGAGGUGUUUUUCUACAGUGAAUGGAGUGAAUGGAGGAACAACACAGGGAGUGAAAGAGGGAGAGACAAGUUAGGGUUAAGGUUCAAUUGUUGUAAUCAUGGUGUGUGUGUUUUCUAGUGUUGUUUGUGAUAAUUUAGUUCUAGGUUAAUUGGGUUUGUUUCUAUUUGAUUGUUUAUUGACUUCAAUCUAACAGAUGUUACUUCA